UAAAUAGAGUGAGACUCGCGCCGUUACAACGAAAAUGCCCGGCCCUUACAACUGAAUUGAACUGAAUUCGCCUUAUCGUAGCCCUUGGUGUAAACACUAAACAUAUUCAGCGGAAGUCUUGAAAAAUUUUCGGGACUCUGAUGUACCUUGGUGAAAUACUCAUAUAUGGAGACCAUCGUUUCGUCUGUUAUCCCCCGUUACAGGUGGGCUGGUACAAUCCGGGACAAUGUGUCUGUGAUUGUGUACUGCAAUGACAGUACUACUAAAUGUGGAACAAAUACCAAGUUUGUCAUGUUGGAAGAUAAUGGAGUAUAUUAUUUACCCCGAAAAGAAGCUGGCCCACCAACUGACUCCAAUCAGUCGACUGCAGGAGCAUCACCUUCGUCAGGUUUUACACUGUGGCCAAAGGCUGUCAGCAUGUUGCAGGUUGCAGAGAACCUGGCCAAAAGUAUGCAAGAUAGUUUUAUAUCUUCACUCCCUCCGAAGUUGGUCUUGAUGACAAGUAUAUAUGUCCCUAGUGUACGGAAACCCUACCAUCAUUAUGUUUUUGCUAUUAGUGUACCCAGCAGUGCUAUGGAUGAGGCAAAGAAGAGAGGCAACUUCACAAUUAUGUCAGUUGCAGACAUAAAAAAAUUAUCAUCUUCAGAGCUAGAAAGGAAAGAUAUAGCCAUGUUAGCUGAAUAUAUUGCCUACCAGGUCAAAGGUGAAAGUAACUUGGUAGGUGCAAUUGUUAGGGAGUACUGUCCACAGCUGGUUUGGAGACAAGUUAGCGAAGCACAAAUGCUACCAGAUGAUAUGCUCAUUCGAUCUCCAGGCUAUCGUGAACAAGAUGUUGAGAUGUUUCUUGAAGAAUUUAUCCGAUGUAGUUAUCCUCACUCUACAGUGUGCCUACAAGAUGUAAAACUACUUUUUAAUGACUUAGGAUUCAAAGAUAAGGAAAAUAUUUUAUUCAGAGCUUUGGAUCGCCAGAGAAUUGGAGAACUAGACUGCAGAGAGUUUGUGCUAGGACUAGCUGCGUUGGAUCCUCUAACCACACAUGGGAAAGGUCCCGCUGAAGUUAGAUGUCGUUACAUCUUUAGAUACUAUGAUGGCAAUGAGGACGAUGUAUUAGAAAUUAGUGAGGUUAGAAAUAUGAUUCAUGACAUUGCUCAGCUUCAGGGCCAUGAAACCACUCCAGAGUCUAUUACAGAGAAAACUGCCAAAAGCUUAGAAGUCUUUGGAAUUAAAGAUGGAUCGGGACUUCCUCUUACAAACUUUUUGGUAAAUGUAGGUAAUCUACGAUUUCGAGGGACUUCACUAUUAUUUCGGGCUAACACAUCUGUACUUCAGCACAUAAUUCAUAAACUAGGAAGUACAAGGAAACGUCAGGCAGAUAAUCAGUUUCGAAGCCCAGAAUCUAGUGAAUUUUUACACAAAAAGCUCAGAAAAUCUAUCCCACAAGACCACUCAAAGAGUUCAAAUAGUUCCUCUGUAGAAAAUAAUAAUGGCAUGCAUAAUAGAAUGGAAGAAGACCGAGAUUGUUCUAUGAAGUCUAUGGGAAGUUCUUCAGGUUCGUUGCAAUUAAGUGAAGGUGCGUUUCAAAGUCCUGAUACAUCAAAUCACACUUUGGCACAACAUACUGUCAAAGUUCGAAGAUCAGGUCAGGUCACGGACAUUCAUCUGCUUCUUGAUAUGGAACGUGCUGGCGAAGUCUGUGAUACUGGCCUAGAUGUGGAUGACUCGGUGUCACAAGAUUCUCAGGGACCGCCUCUACUGAGGAGAGGGCUAAAGUCUACUCGAAACAGACUUUUUAAUAGAUUCCAGUCAGUAGAAGCAUUUAAUACCAAAUCACUUCCAAAUGAGAUGAUCAAUGCCCUUCGGUUCUUUGAGCAUGGAAAUGCAAAUAAGCCAGCUUUUGACUGGGGCGAGGUUGAUUUAGCCAAAUUAAGCCAAUAUAUAAUAACCUUGUGUUCAGCCACCAAAGAACUGAUGGAAAGUGAACCCAGACUAUUGAAGCUGUCAAGUCCAUGCUAUAUUUUAGGAGACAUCCAUGGAAACUACAGAGACCUUGUUUGCUUUGAGAAAGCUCUGUGGAGAGUUGGACCGCAUCUGACCCCUGCAAAUUUUCUUUUCCUUGGGGACUAUGUUGAUCGAGGAGCAUAUGGACUAGAGGUUGUUUCAUACUUGUUCGCACAAAAAGUGCAGGCACCUCACAAAUUUUUCCUUCUUCGUGGCAAUCACGAAGUGCGGGAUAUUCAGUGCAUGUUCAGUUUUCAAGCAGAAUGCAUACAGAAGUUUGGUGAGCGUCUUGGACUGAAGGUGUGGAAUGCAAUCAAUGAUGUAUUUGAUUGCAUGCCCUUAGCUGCUAUUGUUGAUAAAAAGAUAUUCUGCAUCCAUGGAGGAAUUCCAAAGAUUGAUGGAAGUUUACAAGAGCUAGAGAAAAUCCCGUGCCCAUUAGCCUUGCCUGAGACGCAGAGUAACUUAGCUUGGCAGUUGAUGUGGAAUGAUCCAGUCGGAAUGGAAGAUAGUAAUGAAAAAAUAGCAAGUGAGUUGUUGGACAAUGAUGGAUUUGCUUUUAAUGAAAAGAGACAAACAGGAUACAUAUUCAACCAGGCAGCUUUCAGCUCAUUUUUGAAAGUCAAUGGACUCACCCAUGUUGUGAGAGCCCAUGAAGUCAAAGAAGUUGGCUUUGAGAUACAACAAAGUGGUCGUUUGAUGACAGUCUUCUCAUCCUCUCAUUAUUGCGGAGGCAGUAAUGAAGCAGCCUGCAUAUUGGUCCAUGAUUACCGCAUGAGGAUAAUUAGAAUUGACACAUCUUAGCAUGUUUAGUAAUCAGAUAAUAUUCAAAAUAUUAUAGUUUUAUUUUAAAAAGUGUUUAUUAUGCAGUGCAUUACUUUUAUAAGAGAAUUACCAGUAAAUAUUUAUUUUUUUUCUAUUUCAGAAGAUGAUAUUUUCAGGAAAUAGGUUGGCAAUAACAUUUGUUGACAAUUCUAAUAUUAUUUGAUUUGAUUUCUUACCUGUACAUUACUUUAAUAAAAAAAACUUGUU